AUGGAAAACCAAAUCGCAAACGGUGCUGUUAAAGCUGUAAGAGCCUCCGCUCUCAAUUGUAUCGAUCUCUCAAGCUCCGAUAUACACCAAUCUGUCUCCUUACUGAAACAGGCCAGUUUGGAUUGCGGUUUUUUCUACGUGGUAAAUCAUGGGGUAAGGGAGAAGUUCAUGGACGAGGUGUUUGCACAGAGCAGGAGGCUUUUCAGCUUACCAUUGAGUGAAAAAAUGAAGCUUUUGAGGAACAAGAAUUACAGGGGAUAUACCCCUUCUCUUGAUGAGCAUCUGGACCAUGAAAACCAAGUACACGGAGAUUACAAGGAGGGGUAUUAUAUAGGAGUUGAGCUGCCUGAAGAUGACCCAGAACCGGAAAAUAAGCCAUUUUAUGGGCCUAAUGUUUGGCCUGCUCCAGAUAUGUUGCCGGGGUGGAGAGACUCCAUGGAGGAAUAUCAUAGACAAUGCUUGGAGGUGGCUAAAGCAGUUGCUAGGCUUGUAGCCCUUGCUCUUGAUCUAGACAUCCAUUUCUUUGAUAAACCAGAAAUGAUUGGCGAGGCUAUUGCAACAUUGCGGUUACUACACUAUGAUGGUCAAAUUUCCGAUCCAUCAAAUGGAAUUUUUGGAGCUGGUGCUCAUUCUGACUUUGGUUUUAUAACCCUUUUAGCAACAGAUGAUGUCGUAGGUCUCCAAAUAUGCAAGGAUAAGGAUGCUAAACCUCAAAUAUGGGAAUAUGUACCACCAAUUAAAGGAGCAUUUAUAGUGAAUCUUGGCGACAUGCUAGAACGCUGGAGCAAUGGCAUUUUCAAGUCCACGCUGCAUAGAGUUGUAGGGAAUGGUCAAGACAGAUACUCUAUGGCAUACUUUAUAGAACCUAAUCACGAUUGUCUUGUUGAGUGCUUGCCUACCUGCAAAUCCGAAAAAAACCCUCCCAAGUUUCCUCCAAUCUUGUGUCGGACUUACCUGAGCCAGCGAUAUUACGAUACUCACGCUGAUUUGAAUGUCUAUGAUGAACAUACAAAAUAA